UAUACUGGAAACUUUAUGAUUUGCGCGUCUCUAUUUAUAGUGUUGUUUGCUGCAGCGUUGGGCACUGUUCUCUUCUCCGGCAUCGGAUAAGUAAGAGGAGUUUCAUAAAGCAAGGAGACUUGUACUGAGAUAGUCAAGGAAGGAUCAGGAAGAUAGAGACUGCAAUGGCGGAACAGGGAAACACAGACGGAAAAGUAAAGCUUCAAGGUUUCUUCUCAUCACAUGAGUCCUCUCAAAGUCAGUUUAAGAAGUUAAUUUCAGCCUGUAGGGACUUAGACCCAACAGUUACAGUUCUUGCUCUGCAAGGUCUAUACGACAUUGAAAACAAUGUGAAUUCGCUUCACUUUCAGCACGAUGAAAGUGAUUGCCUGUAUGUUAGACAGCUUCUUCGAGAAUGGCGAAAUAAUUGGCCGUUUGAUUAUGGAUCCUCAGCUGCAUACAUCCAACAGAGAUCUAUUCCUACUCUUAGAAGCCUGACCAUCUUCAGAGAAUUUGAUGUCCCGCUUUUCAUUGACGACUAUGGGAAGAAGGAACCCUUGGGUCUAAAAACUCAGUCCAUUGAAAUUGAUGAAAACACACCAAUAUAUCACGUCACUCACCUACCCGAAGCCAUCAACAUUUGUGAAAAAAAGCGUCUUGAACCAAGCGACAACAAGAACAUGAUCGCUGGAACUUGGUUUGGUAUAGACGAUGGACCAAGUUUCUAUGGCAGCAGAGCCUUCAAGACGACGCUGGGUAAGCUUGGCGUUCAAGUGCUUCGUCAAGGAGAAAUUGUAUCUUACCCCAAGAGAGAGGUGAAUGUGAUUUUAUACGCAGGAAAAACCGAAUUGGAUGGCACAUUCAAUGCAGAAGGUUUAAAGAAACCCAAAGUCAACCAUCCUAAUUAUGUCAAGAUAUCGAUUUUCGUACCAUCAAAAUUCUUACCCAAGACAGACCAUGAUUUCUCAAAAGUCUUUGUCGGGCCUAUGAAAGUUGAUCACGGUCAUCCCGCAACUUUUUGUGUAAAAGAAAAGCGGAGUUUUGGCAAGUUCAAAUGCCCAGCUGACAAUCUCUCGGAUUCAUUUGACAAUCUGAGCAUUUCUAAUCAGUCUUCAUAACGAUUUUAGAUUCAUGUGUAAAUGUAUUUCUAUAGGGUUU